CUCAAAAUUUCCCUCCUUGGCUCUUCCCACCGCCCCGGUCCGCACUGGGGAUAAGAUCAAACAGAAACACUAUCGCAACCAUGGAAACAAACCAACUCCAACCAUACUCUUUCGUGCAACUCGACAAGCUCGGUGAAGGAACUUACGCAACUGUUUACAAAGGGCGUAAUAGCCAAACGGGAGAAAUAGUAGCCCUCAAGCAGAUUCACCUUGAUCAGGAGGAAGGGACCCCGUCCACAGCCAUCCGGGAGAUUUCCUUGAUGAAAGAACUCAAGCAUGAAAAUAUUCUCAACCUGUACGAUGUCGUCCAGGGCGACGGUCAACUGGUCCUUGUGUUCGAAUUUAUGGACAAGGAUCUGAAACAAUAUAUGGAUACUCAAGGUGACCAGGGCAAGCUGGAUCAGUCCCAGAUCAAGUCGUUCAUCUAUCAAGUGCUGUGCGGAACAGCAUUCUGCCAUCGAAACCGCGUCAUUCAUCGAGACCUCAAGCCUCAGAACCUUUUGAUCAGCAGUUCCGGUCAGCUCAAGCUGGCGGACUUCGGCCUGGCGCGCGCAAUUGGAAUCCCGGUCAACACCUUCUCCAACGAAGUUGUCACCCUCUGGUAUCGAGCUCCCGAUGUGCUCCUGGGCAGUCGAGCGUACAACACCAAUAUCGAUAUCUGGUCGAUCGGCUGCAUCAUGGCUGAGAUGUAUCUCGGCCGACCUCUGUUUCCCGGUACCUCCAACGACAACCAGCUGCAUCGGAUCUUCCGUCUGUUAGGAACGCCCACGGAAGCGUCAUGGCCGGGGGUUUCCCGACUGCCUGAAUACAGGCCCAGCAUAUACCCACAAGAGGGCUUGAUGGACCUACGCCAGGUGUUCUGGCAGGCUGACGAGCUGGCUCUGGAUCUUCUGCGCAAAAUGCUUAGAUUAUGUCCGGAACAGCGCGUCAGCGCUGCGGAAGCCAUCAUGCACCCCUGGUUUCGCUGACUUGGCUUUCAUGUCCCCAGUGUAGCGUUUCCCUCUUCUCCUUCACGCAAGUGAGUCGACAGUCACUGUAUUCAUGGAUCAUGGAAUCGAAACGUGCCCUAUGAUUUCCGGUUUUCAAAAUCUAGUGUCUAGAUAGCCACCUGGCUCUUCAAUCAUUUUCCCUCUGUUUAAUCUACCAUAGCGAGCAGCUCUUCUAAUGGUGGCUUCGAAGUUUCUUUUUGACCGGGAUCCAAGGUCCAGGCUUGUCAAUCUUUAUCCCGACCGAGUCAGAACUCAGCCCACGCGCGCUCUGUCCGUUUCAUUGCUGCAUUGACUACCAUAUUACAGAGAUCCGAGUGUAAUGCAAACGCGCGACAUCCC